UCAGUAAUGUUAAAAAGAAUAUGGGCUACUGUCCAUUUAGUUUGUCACGGAAACAACACUGGAAACUGUCCAGAUUGCAGCUUAACUGUGCACUCGCUAAUCGAGUACUGCAUAGCUUUUUGUUUGUUUAGUCCCGUGGCUACUUGUUUGUUGAGCUCCCGUUUAAUUAGCUGGUACAGUACCGCACAACACAGAUUAGAACACGCCGAGUCGAAUAGAUCCACGAUUUACUGAGACAAGUGCACUGCUAAGAUAUCAGAGCGGUGACGUGAAGACCGUGAACACAAAAGAUCUGGAAACAUAAAAUCAGUACAGCACCUGAUCCAAAGUGUGCGAGGAAUUCUAACCGGAGUGGAACAAACAGCAUCCCAUUCCGAAGCCACCUUUCCUCGGGUCCAUUGAAGUAUUUGCGGAUUACUUGGGGAGUUCAUUAAAUGCAGCGAUUGAAAGCAGAGAUCACAUUAAAAGACGCAGGUACAGUGCAUGCUCUCGUGUGAACACGGGCUCGGAUUGGUUUCAUCAGGAGCAGGUUUUCAAGCGCGCUGCAGAGAGUAGCGAGAACUUUAUGCGCACUGACCCGCUGGGAGCCGCCGACCACACCGGAGCAUUUUGCAAAGCCUUUGAACUUUAAAUAAGACACGUUCCUGCCACGGAUAUAUCGGGGGCAUAGCAAGAAAACGAACGGUACCCAGCAUACAGGCAGAAACAGCACUUUCAAAAAGCUAAGAAUUUAAGAGUGCAGUGAUUAAUACAAGAGGGUCUGCGUUGAAUUUAAAAGCGCAUGAGCCCAUAUAGCAAGUGAUCCCAGAUAUAGUGCAGUGUGUCUGUCUGAAAGUGUUCGUGCGACAGUGCAAUACACUUCACAUUAUUAGUAGUAACAUUUGGAAAGUCCUAACGUGUGUUGGGGAAGAUAAGCGCCCUAGAUGUCCAAGGGCCUGGAAAUGCGCCUCGAUUUGGAGAAAUGUGGUGAUCUGUUCAAAGAUGCCGGAGAAGAGGAUGAGGAAGAGGAGAUCGAUGUGGAGAGCUUGGACGGGUCCCUCUCCAAGAACGUCGAGGGGGAGGGUGGCAGCGGGGGAGAGAAGGGAGUGGAUCCCCGUCAGGAACAGCAGCGCCGGCUAAUGCGCAGCCCCAAGUGUGCGCGCUGCAGGAACCACGGCGUUGUGUCCUGCCUCAAGGGACACAAGCGCUUCUGCCGCUGGCGGGACUGCCAGUGUGUCAACUGUCUGCUGGUGGUGGAGAGGCAGCGGGUCAUGGCAGCGCAGGUGGCGCUCAGGAGACAACAAGCUUCAGAGGUCAGGAAAGACGACAAUGGUAAGGCCGCCCCAUCCCCGUCCCGAAGGACCCCGUACCAGCGCUAUCCCAGGCCUCCCAGUUUGCUGGCAAAGCGUAUACUGGAAGGGUACAAGGCUGCUAUGGUAGAAUCUCCCUGGUCGAACGGAAUGCACCUCCCGAACCUCAGCGAGAGAAUGCGGAAGAGACGCGCGUUCGCAGACAAGGAGCUGGAAAGCGUCAUGCUGGAAAGAGAAUUCCGACAGAAGGAGCUGGAGGACCUGGCCACGCUGAAGAUGCUCAGCCCCACGCUGCCCGCCGCACCGGGAUCCCUGUGCAGCGCGCUGGGAGAGCCGACACAGUACAGCCAAACCGUUUACCUGCCCUUCGUGAACCCCAGCCCCGUGUUGCUGGAAUGCGGGUUCCACUGCUGCCAAGCCGGAGAGGUGAUGACGACGACACAAUCGACUUCAGUGGAGUGCAGCUACGAACAGGUGCAAUGCGAUUUCUUGCAAAGGAGACGCCUGGACGCUGCGAGAAUGGUUUUGGAACGUUUAGAACUCUGCCGUGAGAACUCGCAUUGCCACCAGCACCAGCAAACUGGGUUGGAAGAUUCGACGGUUCUGGAAUGUGGCGCGCGUCAUAGCUGCCAGAGCCGAGGAACCCGCGAGCCCCCGGGCAUUUCUAGGCAGCGUUCCUCUCUAGAGCCCGAUGGACUUCCUGAUACAGAAGACCACGGCGCUUCCAAAGGCUGGGGGUUUGCAAAUCACCAUGCCCUCCCUCUAGAACUGAAGGAACCGGGCUGCAGACAUCAGCAACAGUCCAUUGCAAAGGAUAACUGGACUAACGUUUCGCAGACCUGCAGCGCAAUGGUCAAGAAGACUUUGCCGUUUUCAGUAGAGUCGCUGUUGAGAGACUGAUAUAGCAUACCAUGCUUAACAUUAUCAAAACGGGAAAGAAUGAACUAGUUUGCAAAAUAUAUUAGUGUAUUAGUUAUAAUACUGUAAUAAUGCAAACUGUAUACAAUAUUAUAGGAUAUUAAUACAUGUGAGCUGUUAUUGUCCAAAAUUAAAGCUGUUGAUCUGGUAGAAUCCCAGCCAGGGUCCUGUGCAAUCAAAUUGAGCUUUCCGGUAACCAUUACACAGAACGAGAAAGCCAGAAAAUAACCCAAUACAGCCGCCUCCUACACAGCGUGCUGCUGGUAUGACCAGCGUACACGCGACACUUAAAACAGGGUUUAUUUGAUUUAUCUGAAGGGUUUUUUUUCACGUUUGUUAACGCAUUGUUGUUUUACUGUCAGUAAUACAGAGUGUAUGUUUAAACCCACAUGUCAAAAACUAUCAUUACAAGCGCUUGUCAGCAAUAGAAAUGAAACUGCUCAACGCACUGCCUGGUGUAACCAGCAGCACAGCCCCGGAGGAGAAGCACUGUUAAUUAACAUGUUAAUAAAUAAAAGCACAAGGGUCGUCUUUACAAACCAUCUACCAAUUGUCGAUCCAGGCUGUGUCUCGUAGUUCUGUAAAAACACGCAUUGCAAAAUGAGCAGGGUACAGCACAGUGUAAUUAACACGGUGGAAGCCAGGUAGAGCCUAGGCACGCCUUGUAAAGAAUAGCGAGGUGUGGUAAAGUACAUUAACAGACAUGGCAGCCAGGCUCAUCUGUGGUAAAUGCACAGAUAACCAUGGGAGAGUGCUGUGGUAAACAGCAUUAAGAGCACACUGCACUGCAGGCUUGGCAUGUAGGGGGUGAGUCAUCUCUGCAUUGUCAUUGUGUAAUUAUUUGUCUAACAUCUUGACAUGUUAAGAUAUUUAUAAUAUGUACAUUUUUUUGUAUUUCUUAAAGUUUUGCAUAUAACGCUACAAUAUUUUUGUAACUUUAUACACUCGAUGGGCUUCUGUGUGUGUUCUGGAAUGAUGAAACAGGGAUUGCAACUACUUACGAAAGAGGCGCAUAAAGAAUAGGGAAGCAUUGUAAAGCACAGAGAGGUCUGGUAAAGCAUAGGGAAGCAUUGUAAAGCACAGAGAGGUCUGGUAAAGCACAGGGAAGCAUUGUAAAGCACAGAGAGGUCUGGUAAAGCAUAGGGAAGCAUUGUAAAGCACAGAGAGGUCUGGUAAAGCAUAGGGAAGCAUUGUAAAGCACAGAGAGGUCUGGUAAAGCAUAGGGAAGCAUUGUAAAGCACAGAGAGGUCUGGUAAAGCAUAGGGAAGCAUUGUAAAGCACAGAGAGGUCUGGUAAAGCAUAGGGAAGCAUUGUAAAGCACAGAGAGGUGUGGUAAAGCAUAGGGAAGCAUUGUAAAGCACAGAGAGGUGUGGUAAAGCAUAGGGAAGCAUUGUAAAGCACAGAGAGGUCUGGUAAAGCAUAGGAGCAUAGGGAAGCAUUGUAAAGCACAGAGAGGUGUGGUAAAGCAUAGGGAAGCAUUGUAAAGCACAGAGAGGUCUGGUAAAGCAUAGGGAAGCAUUGUAAAGCACAGAGAGGUCUGGUAAAGCAAAAAAAAAAUUGUAAACAAACCAUUAGAAAAUAUUCCUCAUAGUAAAAGCACAGGACACCCUUAUAAAAUGUCAUGUUCCAUUUCGAGGGUCUAUCCCUGACUGAAAUUGAAAUAAAUAAAAUAAAAUAAAUGAAUCCUGCACUCCUCCCCA